CUUCGGGAACCUGCUGGCCAGGCAGCUGGACCUGCGAGGCUUGAGGGUGCUGGCCGCGUGUCUGACGGAGAAGGGGGCCGCGCAGCUGAGAGACCAGACGUCAGACAGGCUGGAGACGGUGAUCCUGGACGUCACCAAGACGGAGAGCAUCUCUGCGGCCACCCAGUGGGUGAAGGAGCGUGUGGGGGACAGAGGAGGGAGCUCUCCUACUUUGGGGUGAAGGUGGCUAUGAUGGAGCCUGGUUUCUUCAACACUGAAAUAACUGACCCUGCAAAGAUUUCUAGGGCCAUCCAGGAAAAAUGGGAUCAGGCCAGCCCAGAGGUCAAGGAGAUCUAUGGGGAGAAGAUCCUGGCAUCCAGUGAGUGA